AGAAGAUAAAGAAUUAAUGGCGAGGGAGAAAGCUGAGAAAAAGGAGUUGGGAAGGAAGACGUGCAAGUCGAGGGACAGCAAAGCCAAGAUAUCUCUGGAAGACUACCUCCGUUUCCUUCAUUCUCGCAAUUACUCGGAUCUCUGCGUCAACUUUCUCAAUCAGAUCAUCAGCAUGCACGGUUACAAGAAAAUCCACAAGUCUCCCAAGAAAGUGCUAGCUGAGGCAGUGGACAAGCUCGCCCUUGUAAAUCCAUGUCGCUCGACUCUCAGGGAGAGAAUCUCGCCGACGGCGUCGACGACGAUCGACGACGUCGUUGAGGAUCUCGAAGCGCUCAACUGGCAAGAGUGCACCGUCACCUUUGUACAAGCCCUGAACUCAGCGACCAACGGCCUUGUCAUCUACACUUCUCCGGAGCCGCCGAAGCGCCGCCAUGCCGAUCGCUCCAAGGGCCCAACAAAUAGGCGGAAAGCUCUCGUCCCGAUCCAAAAUGGCGGCGCGGUCAAGAAAGUUGGGCUUGGGCAGCCGAGGAAGGCGGCGAAGAGGAUGAAACCGAUCGUGGCGGUGAUGAACGGCUCGUGA